AAGGAGACAGUUCUUCGGUUAUUUUCGGUAAUGUGAUAACUAACCGAAAGAGCGCGCGAGGGAAGACAACUCGGAUUAGCUAAUCCUUCGAGUUCCGAAGCCUAUUCAUCGGAAAGUAGAUUCUAUCCCCAUCAACAAGUGGAGCUGCUAAUAGUUUAGCGAAGUGUUUGCAGUAUACCAGUGAUGUUUUAGAAUCUAGAUCUAGUUUUGGUGGUUCGGGAACAAAGUAAAAGUAAUUUUGCAGUAUGUCGAAGACGCCGAAUUCUAAAGGCAAACAAGCCAAUUUGUUCAGCUUCUUCAAGAAAACUCCGAAAUCAGGAUCGGAGAACUCGCCAAGUCAGACUGUUGAUGCCAAUAAUGGAGAUGAAAAGAAGACGGUGUCGAAUGGUGAUGUUCUUUCUCCUAAGAGAUCUCCUAACUCUGUCAAAGGCAAAGGGAAGACAAGUCCAAACUCUGCGAAAGGGAAAGGUGGAGCAAAGAAGGAAACCAGUUUGCCAGACUCUGCUCGAGGAGAUGUUGUGUGGGCCAAGCUAGAGGGCUUCCCGUGGUGGCCAAGCCUUGUGUGCGAUCAUCCAACGACAGGCAAACAUGUGAAAGGAGGGAAAGUUCCAGAAGUCCACGUCCAAUUCUUUGAUGAACCGCCCUGCAGAGCUUGGAUUAAAGCCAGAAAUAUCAAGCCUUUCAAAGGAUCCAGCGAUGAGUCAUUUCAAAAAGGAGGUCAGUACUACAGUCUGAACAACAAAAUCCGUCAAGGUGCAAAAGAUGCAGACAAAGCCCUAGAGACGACCGUGGAAGAACGGCUGAAGCUUGUUGUGGAGUUACAACCCUCAAGUGAGGAAGAGGAGGAAGACGAGGAUGAGGAAGAGGUUGUUGAAAAGAUGGACUUUGAUCCUACCAUUUUUGAUGAUGAAAUGUCAGAAGGCGAAUCUGAUAUGAAAGAAAACUGUGACAAGCCAAAAGCAGGGAAAAAGGAGAGUCCCCAAAAGUCUGCGAGUGCUUCGCCGAAGAAGUCAACAAAGUCGAAGAGAAAAGCUGCAAAAGAAGCCGCUGUGUUGAACAAACGCAGGAGGCUUCUCAAAUCUGAUAGUGCAGAGGAAGAUUCAGAGGAUGACUUCAAACCUGAGUCAUCUGAUGAUGAGGACGAAAGUGCGAGCAGCGGUGUGGAUGAAGAAGAUGUGUCUGAUAUUGAACCAGAGUCAGAGCCAGACUCCCCAGUCAAAGAGUCAAGAAAAAGGAAACAGCCUGCGACUCCAGCUGCCAGCAGCAGUACCAAGAAGCCGUUCUCUCCAUCGGUCAGCGAGAAUACAAAGUCGAGACUGUCUCUCUUUUCAGCACCCGAGUCUACUGGCAGUGAGGAAGGGGCACAGAAAGAUGCUACCUCUUUCAAACACGUGACUUUGGAUUUCAUGCAGCCUGACAAAAUCAGGGACAGAAAUAGAAAGCCGAAGUCUGAUCCGGACUACAGUCCAAGGACGCUGUAUGUGCCAGAGUCUUUCCUCAAUAAACAAACGCCCGCGAUGCGGCAAUGGUGGGAACUGAAGUCUCACCAUUUUGACACAGUUUUGUUUUUCAAAGUCGGCAAAUUUUACGAGUUGUAUCACAUGGACGCUGUGGCUGGGGUCACCGAACUGGGACUCAUUUACAUGAAGGGUGACUUUGCUCACUCUGGUUUUCCUGAGAUUGCUUACACUCGCUACGCAGACGCUCUCAUCCAGAAAGGUUACAAGGUCGCGAGAGUGGAGCAGACGGAAACCCCCGACAUGAUGGCUGAGAGAUGCAAACACAUGGGCCGGUCAGCGACCAAGUACGACAAGGUUGUGAAGAGGGAAGUGUGUCAAGUCAGCACACAGGGGACUCGAACCUACAGCCACAUGGAUGGAGACUGCGGUGACGCUAACAACACAUACAUUUUGGCUAUAUGUGAAAAGGCUGAGUGUCAGGAUGAUACGAGCAUCUUUGGCGUUUGCUUCAUCGACACAUCCAUAGGGACCUUUCAUAUUGGUCAGUUUGAAGAUGACCGGCACUUGUCCCGAUUCCGUACCUUGGUGGCCCACUACACACCGACACAGGUGCUGUAUGAAAGAGGAAAGUUGUCCCAAAAGACUCAGACAAUCCUGAACUCCAAUCUGACGUCUGCUCUGCGGGAGGGGCUGUCGCCUGGAACAGAAUUCUGGGACAGCGGGAAAACGCUGAAAAGUCUGUCGGACGAGGACUACUUUAAAGGGGAGGAGGGAAGCACAGAAUGGCCACAAGUGCUGCAGAACAUGUUAUCCAAAAAUGACACGCUCGGUCUGACAGCUGCCGAGUCACAUGACUUAGCGGUCAGGGCACUGGGAGCUCUCACAUGGUACCUCCAGUACUGUCUGAUGGAUCAAGAAAUGUUAUCCAUGAAAAAGUUUGAGGAGUACCAGCCCAUAGACGUGAUGAACCCCGACACACAGAAGAAGAAGCAGCAGUCUGGCUUUGACUCGAAACAGAGGCAUAUGGAAAACGUCUGUUCCGACAGUGGCUGUGUGCUCCGCUGUGCCAGCCUGCCUCUAUCUAUGACCGUCUAGAUGCCGUGGAAGAUCUGUUGGGCGCAGGAGCUGCGAUGGACGAGGCUGUUUCGAUCUUGAAAAAACUGCCAGAUCUGGAAAGGCUUCUCAGCAGAAUUCACUCGAUCGGCUCAGCUGGCAAAAGCAAAAAUCAUCCAGACAGUCGGGCCAUCUUGUAUGAAGAAGUCACUUACAGCAAGAGAAAAAUUGAAGACUUCUUAACUGCAAUUGAUGGCUUCAAGGCUUGCAUGAAAGUCACUGAGAAGUUCAAGCCACACGUGAAAUCUUUCAAGUCAAAGUUGCUGAGACGAAGUGUGACUGUGAAGGAGUCAGAUGAAAAGACUGACGCCCAUUUCCCUGAUAUUUCAGAGGACCUAGACUUCUUUGACAACGCUUUUGACCACAAGAAAGCAAAGAAAGAUGGUGUCAUUGAUCCUAGCAAAGGUGUGGAUCCUGAUUAUGAUGAGGCAGUGGCAGACAUUGGAGAAGUGGAGAGGAAACUCCUCAACUACCUUGACGCGCAGAAAAAGGCUCUCAGCUGUCGAUCAUUGGUCUACUGGGGAAAUGGCAAGAACCGAUACCAACUGGAGGUUCCAGAGUCUGCCUUAAAAAAUAUUCCAGACAGUUAUGAGUUGAUGUCAUCUAAGAAAGGCGCGAAGCGAUACCGCACGGAUGAGAUCAAUGACUUGCUUGCACAGCUGACUGAUGCUGAAGAACGGAAAGCCUGCUGCCUCAAAGACAUCAUGAGAAGGAUAUUCCAUAAUUUUGAUGAAAGACACCAGAAGUGGAUCGCUGCUGUUGAGUGUCUCUCCGUGCUGGACGUUCUGGUGUCGCUGACCGUCUACAGCCGGGGAGGAGAAGGAUGUUUGUGUCGGCCCGAGUUUGUGCAGCCUGAGGAGGGAGUAGAGCCAAUGUUAGAAAUCCGAGAAGGUCGUCAUCCAUGUGUGUCAAGGACGUUUGAAGGUGGAGAUUUCAUACCAAAUGACACGCUCAUUGGUCUCAAGGAUGAGAAUGAUGAGGAAGACGGCAGCUACUCUGAAGGUCAAGUGGUGUUAGUGACCGGCCCGAACAUGGGAGGAAAGUCCACGCUCAUGAGACAAGUGGGGCUCAUCACAAUCAUGGCACAAGUGGGCUGCUAUGUGCCGGCAGAGAAAUGUCGCUUGACCCCGGUGGACAGAAUCUUCACCAGGCUGGGGGCGAGUGACCGCAUCAUGUCAGGGGAAAGUACUUUCUUUGUGGAGCUGAGCGAAACAUCGGCCAUUCUGCAGCACGCAUCCAGACAUUCCUUGGUGCUUCUCGAUGAAUUAGGUCGGGGGACAGCAACGUACGACGGCACGGCCAUUGCCUGCUCUGUGGUGAAGGAACUGUCGGAAAACAUUCAGUGUCGCUCGCUAUUCUCCACCCACUACCACUCUCUGGUGGAGGAGUUUAAAAAUGACAGCAACGUACGCCUCGGCCACAUGGCCUGUAUGGUGGAAAAUGAAAACGAGGAGGACCCAUCUCAAGAGACCAUCACAUUCCUGUACAAGUUUGUGAAGGGGGCUUGUCCCAAGAGUUACGGCUUCAAUGCAGCCAGACUAGCAAGUAUUCCGGAAGAGGUCAUUCAGAGCGCCCUGAAGAAAGCCAAGCAGUUUGAGCAGCAGGUGGAAGACAUGAGAAUCUUCAGACAUGUUUGGUCGGGUGACAUCAAGGACAUGAGAGGGUGCUUGAGACAGACACCGUGAUCAGCUUACGUCUACUUUCUACCAAAGAGUGACAGUUUGUUGUGCAUACAGGGAAAGAGAUGACAGAAGUUUGUAUGGCUAUAGCACAGGUGUCAAACUCAAAACCCAAGGGCCUAUUUUGGCCCAUCGAACAAUUGUGUCCCGCCUGCAAGAGAAUUUUAACACAGUACACUCUAACUUGCCCGCGAUCGCCCGCGGAAUUUCUCUACGCGCUCCUCCCUAACUCGCCCAGAAUCGCCUGCCCUGACCAGAUGUCUUUAGAAACGGAUAUCUUGCCUUAACAAAACUCUGGGGCUGAGAUUUUGUUUUACAUAGUUAUUGCAAAAUGUUUCUUUUUCCGUUUGAUACCGAAACGAAAUUUUUCAGGUUAGCCGUUUUAGUUUAGUAUUACAGCCGAUCGAAGUGCGAUCUCGUUUCCAACACUUUGAGGGUGUCUUGAUUUGUUGAAAAGCGAAACAAUUGAGUUUGAAAAAGGAAAUAACGGUGGAUUUGAGCAAGAACCAAAAAAAAUGACAAAUCAGAUGUUGAUGAAAACGUUGUUGCAAGAGUUUGGGGUGAUUCAGAUCAAUCAGAUGUAGAAUUUAGAUCUAGGGCCCGACCAUGAGGCUGAGAGUAAGAGUGACAGGUCGGACACUCAAAUUGAACUAAAAUUAGAACAUUUCCAACAGUUUGUGCAUACAUAAAGUAAUAUUUUUCUGAAACUACAUUCAUUUUUUUCUAAAUUCUAGUUUUUCAGGAUUUUAAAAAUUUGCUUAGUAUUUUUUUUAAUGUUUUUUUUUUUUUAAUGAGUUUAUUGACAAGAGGUAGGUUGCUUCCCCUUGCGUAGGAUCUUGGGGUAGACUUCCUGUCCAGACCCUUAGCGUGUAAUGUGUUAAUUUCUCCCUCUCGAGAAUCUCCAUAACACAGAACUUUACUCAAAACAUGAAACAGCCUCGUAAUCAA